AUGUGGGUUGUUGUUCUUGUCAUGCUGCUGGCCCCAUCCAGUGGCUCUUCUCUGGACAAACUCAACAUUUGCAUGGAUGCUACACACCACAAAGUAAAGCCCGGUCCUGAGGGAAAACUUUACCUUCAGUGUGCUCCAUGGCGUGACAACGCGUGUUGUACGGCCAACACCAGCGCUGAAGCUCACAAUGAUAACUCCUAUUUGUACAACUUCAACUGGAACCACUGCGGUGCCAUGAGCGCAAAGUGCAAGCAACAUUUCAUCCAAGACACUUGCUUCUAUGAAUGUUCACCACACCUGGGACCCUGGAUACAACCGGUGGAUCAGAGUUGGCGCAAGGAGAGAAUCUUGGAUGUUCCUCUGUGUAUGGAAGACUGCCAUGACUGGUGGGAAGACUGCAAGGAUGAGAUGACAUGCAAGAGUAACUGGCACAAGGGGUGGGACUGGAGCUCAGGUAUUAACAAAUGUCCACGUGACAGCAAGUGUAGAAAAUGGACGGACGUUUACCCGACACCCAAGUCAAUGUGUGAGCAAAUCUGGUCUAACUCCUACCUUUAUACUACGCACCUCAAAACGUCAGGACGUUGCAUGCAGCUCUGGUUCAAGGGCCCGAACCCCAACAAAAAGGUAGCUGAGUAUUACAUCAACAAAGCGCAGCAACACCGCAGUUUUACCGUGACGUCACUGCUCUUCCUGGCAGUCUCAUCCCUCUCUGUAUUGAGAUAUUGA